AGAAGAUUACUAAAAAACAGAAACAAUUGAAGCAUGGUGACGGCCGCAGCUGACCUCCAUCAACAAAUCAAAUUAAGAUUCAUCUGUAAUUCUCAAUAUCCUCAAUUUCUAGGGUUUUAAUUGCCAGCAGCUCAAUCUUCCUCAAAUUCAUUCGUUAAUUAUCAAAAACCUCCGUCAAUUUUUACGCCCAACUGCGGAGAUAUCGGAGGGUUUGCAAGUAAAAGAUAUGGCCAUCAUCGGAGACGCUUUACGACAAGCAUUCAUGCAGAAACACGAAUAUGAGAGUCUACGUGACGAGGAUAAAGCUUGGAUUAAGCUACAAAGACCGAUCUUGAUCUCUGUUUUCUCCUUCAUUACAUCCUCGAUCUUCAUUGCUACCAUUAUUAGCUUGAAGAUAAUGUUCCCAAGUGAUCCUGGUAGGCGACCAUUCUGCAAAGAUCUGAGAAUCCAACCUCUGUCGAUUAAUUUUAGCAGUAUCGAGACUGCGGACAUCGGUAUCCGUGGUGAGGACCGCGUGGGCGGUGCUUUUUAUCUUACUGAUCAAGAGACUGUUGAUUAUUAUUGGAUGGUUGUGUUUGUUCCCUCUGCCAUGGUUUUUGCAUUGUCCGCGGUAUAUCUUGUUGCAGGAAUAACCGUAGCUUAUGCUGCUCCAACGAGGCAUGGAUGCCUGAAGGUGGUUGAGAACAACUAUUGUGCUUCUAAGAGAGGAGGAGUUCGUUGUCUAUCCAUUCUAAACUUGGUGUUUGCCAUCACUUUUGGUCUUCUUGCACUGUUUCUUGGUUCAACGCUGCUGACACUAGGGAGUAGGUGCUCGAUACCCUUGUUCUGGUGCUAUGAGAUCGCAUCAUGGGGACUAGUUAUUCUGUAUGGUGGGACUGCCUUCCACCUUAGAAGGAAAGCAGCCACGGUUCUGGAUGAGAGCGAGUUUGGUGGGCGUAACCUUGGGUUAGAAAUGUUGGAAGCGGAAUUCACACCAGAUGUAGAAAGACGAGUAAAUGAAGGAUUUAGAUCUUGGAUGGGAUCAUCAUAUCUGUCCUCAGAUGAGGAUGAGGAUGAGAAUGAUCCAAAUGCUUAUCAACAUUUGUCGCGGACUAAUUCUACGAGUAGGCAAAGAGGGUGAAAUUGAAGUCAACUUUUCAUACUUGGUGCAAAGAAAGAGAGUAAUCGAACGACUACUACUGACUGAUGGAAGAGAGGAAGAGAAGCAAUAGCAAAGCAUCGAUAAUGGAGGGAGGCAGACAAACAGAAAGGGUUGCUGAUUGUACAAAACUUAAUACCAUGUGAUAAAUCAAACUUCAUUUUCCACUGGGAUAGGCAUAGGGCAUAGAGGCAUAGGCAUAGUAAUUGCCAUUCUCAUGAUGUUGGUAACAUAUUAUCUUGAUUUGAAAUCGGGUGGCUUCAUUCAUGUAUGAUAUGCUCUGUUUUUCAAGUUUUACGCCAGGUUAAGAUGAGGGAGUCACGGGUUAUUUAGGAGAAUAAUUGUUUUGGCUGGAUUUCAACA